AUGGCACAUUGGUCGUUGGCCUGGACGGCCAAUGUCCCGUCGACAUCGCGACUCUUUCAUCUCCUCCUGAUCACCCUCGUUCUUUCGCUUUCCGUUCGUGCCGACGAUGACACCACUCUGAUACCUACCGCCGCAUCGGAUAGCUUCCCUUCGUGCGCUUUGAGCUGCUCCAUCCUCCAACAAGCGCAGACGGGCUGUGUACCUCCGACGGCCCAAAAAACCGACCGCUCGACCUAUGUCUCUUGCUUUUGCCAAUCGUCAUUGAUCACCCAGCUGCAUAACUCCGCGGACGGAACAUGCUCCGACACCUGCACCAACGCAGACGACCGCAAGAAAUUACAGACAUGGUAUAGCGACUUUUGCGCGUCUGGCGGCCAAAACAAGGGUACUGCUGCAUCAGAAAGCACUGCCGCGGCGUCAACGUCCACGUCCACGUCCACGUCUACCACCAAAUCACAAAAUUCCUAUCCCGCCCCUAAAUCCUGGUGGUCGACACAUUACCAAUGGGUUAUCAUGGUAAUUGUCCUAGCCGUUGGAUUCACGGCAAUCGCGGUCGUGGGAGUGUGGCUUAAGCGCCGUCACGAUGCGAAAUACCCCAACCUCUACCACGCAGGCAGUGGCAGCAACAGCGGUAGCAACAGUGGGCUCCUCUAUAGUCGCGGUCAAAACGCCAGUCCCGGCCCGAAACAUCCGGGCCAAUUCAUGCCGGCUCCAAGCCCCAUCAACCAUGAUGAAUAUGCUAACACAGAUUCCGUGGCCAGCAGCUCUCGCACCGAAGUUGCCGUUCCUGGACCUCGUCCAUCACGUCUUCAAAGGACCCCGCCGUCCGCGGACGUAGGCGACAUUGAAACUCGCGAAGUAACACGGUGA